CUACCUUCCACAAAUCAAACCAUUCUUUGCAAUAGCACCAUCCAAUUCAUUUGCAAUUUAGCACCAAAGAAAUCACAGCCCUCAAUUCCCAACAUGAAGAUAAAACAAACUCUCUUAUUCUCAAUUCUUCUAAUUGCCCCAAUUUUCUCAAUCACCACAUUAGCUCAGUCACCAGCGCCAGCCCCUAAGGCUCCCGCAAAACCUGCUCCAGCUGCACCGGCUCCGGCACCAGCAAAGCCAUUAGUUCCGGCAUUACCCCAGUCACCCUCUUCAGGUGAUACUUCUGGCAGCCAAGACAUCGUGAAGAUCCUGAGGAAGGCCAAGUCAUUCAACACUCUGAUCCGAUUGCUGAAAACCACCCAAAUCAUCAACCAAGUGAACGCACAGCUUGUCACCUCAAAGAAUGGAGGCUUAACCAUCCUUGCACCAGAUGAUGGUGCCUUCUCAGAACUCAAAGCAGGGUACUUCAACUCCCUGGGAGACAGACAACAGAAAGCAUUGAUACAGUAUCAUGUCCUCCCCGUUUAUGUGUCAAGCUCAAACUUUGACGCUCUGAGCAACCCUGUGCUGACACUGGCCAGUGACAGUCCCACAGGGUAUCAGCUGAACGUGACAGCAUAUGGUAACAGUGUGAACAUUUCAACUGGGGAGGUGAAUGCCACUCUCACAGGCAUUGUGUACGCAGAUAAGACUCUUGCAAUCUAUCAUGUGGACAAGGUUCUCAUUCCGCUGGACUUCUCUAAGCCUAAGUCUAUAGCUCCAGCUCCAGCUGUGGCCAAGGCACCUAAAGCUCAUAAGGAAAACUCUUCAGCAGAAGAUGAUGACCAAGCUCAAGCAACCAAGGACAGCUCUGGAGCCACCAGUUUUGUAAGCACUCGUGGAACAACCUUGGUGUCCUUUGGGAUUGGUCUGCUUGCAGCAGCAGCUACAAUGUCGUGUUGAAGAACAUCAAUUUCUCCAAGUUUCUAAUGUGUUUUCAGGACAAACAGGCAACUUCUGUGGACUUGUGUUUAUGUUGUAUUGACUUGUUUAUUGCUUAGGAGAAGCGUUGUUUGUGAGUUAUGGGAACUCUUGUUCUGUUUUUGUUUUGUGAUCAAGCGAAAAAUAUAUGUAAUUCGUUUUAUUAUCAAAGAAGAAAGGAAUAUCUGUUUGUUUUA